AUGUGUAAUUUGCCGCCGAAGUUCCAUUCAGUGUGUCGCCUUUGUUUAUCAUUCUGUGGCGAUAAUUGCAGUGAUGUUAAACUUCCAAUAUUCGACCGUGAUAAGGAUAAAUCACGACUUUCCGAGAUGAUAAUGGAAAAUUUGUCAAUAAUGGUGUCCUCGGAAGACUUACUACCACAAGUAGUAUGUGGAAGCUGUGCACACAAACUUGAUGAAUUUCAUACAUUCAGAGAGUUGUCACAUAAAUCUGAGCGACUUUUGGAACAGUUUGUACAGUAUGCUGAUUCAUUAUGUGGUACAAAAGAGGUGAGUUCGGGUUAUAAAAAAAAACAUAUCACAAAAAUUUAUAGAUACAAUUUUUAUUUACAUGUUAUCAUCUAA